UUUUCUCACCUAAAGAGUUAUUAGAGAAUUAAUACUCCUCCCUCUCCCUCUCUCACCCUCCUUACUUCAAAUCAAUUUCCCCCCUCUUUACUUUUUUAGGUUUCUUAUUCACUACUAAACCGUAAGAAACAGAGGUAAACAAGCAAAAAGAAAAUAGAGUGUGCAUAUAAAAAGAUGGGUAGGAUACCUUGUUGUGAGAAGGACAACGUCAAGAGAGGCCAAUGGACUCCCGAGGAAGACAACAAACUCUCUUCCUACAUCGCCCAACAUGGUACCCGCAACUGGCGCCUCAUCCCCAAAAACGCCGGCCUGCAAAGAUGCGGCAAGAGCUGCAGGCUGCGCUGGACCAACUACCUCCGCCCUGACCUGAUGCGUGGCAAGUUCACCGAUGCAGAGGAGCACACCAUCGUCAAGCUCCACUCCGUCGUUGGCAACAGAUGGUCGUUGAUUGCAGCUCAACUUCCAGGGAGAACCGACAACGACGUGAAGAACCACUGGAACACCAAGCUGAAGAAGAAGCUGUCCGGGAUGGGGAUCGACCCAGUCACCCACAAGCCAUUCUCUCAUCUUAUGGCUGAGAUAGCCACCACCCUCGCCCCACCCCAGGUGGCUCACCUCGCAGAGGCCGCGCUCGGCUGCUUCAAAGAUGAGAUGCUCCACCUGCUCACCAAGAAAAGGAUCGACUUCCAGCUCCACCAAGCAGGGAACAACCACCACCACAACCAACAGUCUUCUGCUGGAAUGCCAGCUUUCGUCGCUGCAAAACACGAGGAGAAUGACGAGGACACGAUUGAGAAGAUCAAGAUGGGCUUAUCGAGGGCAAUGCAAGAGACUGGCAACACUAACAUUAACAAUAACUGGGAGUCCAACAAUAACGACCAGUUACCUGCAUCAUCGUCGGCACACUUCGGGAUCAGUAGCAUGUUCCAGUGCGGUGGUGAGCCACCGUCGUUUGAUGGGGACGCAUGGAGCCAGAGCAUGUGCACAGGGAGCACUUGUACCGCCGCAGGUGGAGAGAAUCGGAGAGGGCGGAUGGAUGAGGAGAAGCUUGACGAGGACGAUGAUGACGACGACAAUGUGCUGUGGGAUUUGCCGUCGGACGAGCUGAUGAAUCCUAUGGUUUAGAAAAACCAAAGCAAAGACAGAAAGAGAAGCUCUGGCCGUGAGUCUAGUUCACAAAAGUCCCAGAAAUGGCGACAAAGAGUUAGGGAAAGGAUCAUCAACUAGUUCAAACUAAAUAGAUAAAGAAACA